CCUUUUGUACAUACUAGAUCAUAAAUUAGUAAGUACAUCAAAUUUCCAACAAAAAUCUCAAUCGUGUCAAAUCUAAUUUGAUGAUUAGUUGUAUCAUGUAUGUAUGUCUUUAUCAUAGUAAUUAAUAAGGUUUCAAAAGUAAAAUUCCACAAUUUUUUUGGUACAUGUAAUUUAAUGACUUAACACUUGCAAAAAAUAAAGGGAGUAUAAAUUAAAUAUAAAUAUAAAUACAUAUGCAUAAUUGUUUUGUAUGAGGUUGUGUUGUUGUUGUUGCGUGUGUGUGUUUUUGCAUUAUAAUAUAGUAAAGGUCAAAAUAAAUAUUUUCCAUUUGUGCUAUAUAACUUGAUCACCACCCUUCAUUCCCCUUCCCCUUCCCCUCAACCUUCCUCUUCAAUUUCUCUAGAUAUUUAUACAUGUGUGUUUUGUACGUGUAUGCGUGUCUUUGAAGAAGAAGAAGAAGAAGAAGAACAUUAACACACCACAGCCUUGAAAAGGAAAGGGGAAAACUCAUCAAAUUUUUCACUUCCUGGUGGUGGGAAAAGGAAAAGAUUAUAUUUUUAUCUCUGGGCUCUAAGAAUCUUGAAAAAAUGGAUAAAGAUUACUUUAUGAAUGCUGGAAUUCCACCACCUCAACCACUCCACUUUGAAACCUCAAUGCCAAUUCCAUGGAGCUCUGAUCAAUCCUUCUUGAACCCUAAUUCCGCCAUGGAUCAUCACCAAUUUGACUCAUCUUGGACCUCAAUGGCCACCACCACCACCACCACCACCACCAACGCCGACGGUUUCGCCCUCCGCCAGCUCAUCGGGAAGCUGGGCGGCGCCGCCGACCGCCUUUCACCCACGCUGAACUUGCCGCUUCUCGAUCAGAUUAACCUCCCCAAUCUGGCCACCACCUCCACUCCGCCGCCGCUGCCGUCGCUCGCCGCCGAUCCGGGCUUCGCGGAGCGGGCCGCAAAGUUCUCCUGCUUCGGCAGCCGCAGCUUCAACGGGAGAACGUCGACGCAGCACCCGCAGCCGAGCCAGGCCGAGCCGAUGCGUGGAUCGAACCCGGAGCCGAAGCUGCCGCGCGUCGCGAGCAGCCCGUCGCUGAACAGAUCGCCGCCGCCGAGCCGGAUUAAGCCGGUCCUCGAAAUGCGGCCCGCCGAGAGGAAAUUCGGCGCCAGCUCCAACGAGGAAUCCUCCGUCUCCGAGCAGAUUCCGAGCGGCGAAACCGGCUCGAAGAAUGAGAUGAAUUCUCGGAAGAGAAAGGCGGCUUCCAGAGGCAAAAACAAGGACGACAAAUCGAAUUCAGCUAAGGGAGGCGAAGGCGACGACGACGGAAACUCGAAGCGGUCGAAGCAAACGGAGAAUUCGGAAAAUGAGGAAGAAUGUAAUAAUAAGGCGGACGAAAAUAAGGCGAAUCAAAAGCCGCCGGAGCCACCGAAGGAUUACAUUCAUGUCCGAGCCAGAAGGGGCCAAGCCACUGACAGCCAUAGUUUAGCAGAAAGGGUGAGGAGAGAGAAAAUUAGUGAGAGAAUGAAGCUUCUCCAAGAUCUCGUACCAGGUUGCAAUAAGGUGACUGGAAAAGCACUGAUGCUGGACGAAAUCAUAAAUUACGUGCAGUCAUUGCAGCGACAGGUUGAGUUCUUGUCAAUGAAGUUGGCAUCAGUGAAUCCGGAACUUGAUUUCAACAUGGAAAGCCUUCUCUCCAAAGACAUGUAUCAGAGCACGAGUCUACCACAACAACAAAUGUACCCUUUGGAUUCCUCUGCACCAGCAUUCUACCAUCACCAGAAUGUACAACACCAACAGCUUCAUGGUACAAUCAUCUCAAGCGUGGACCCUCUCCCCCUAGAUGCUAGCUUAGGGAUUCAGAUGCCUUCUGUUGAUGGAUUCGCCGAAAAUUUGCCCCAGUUUCCAGCAUUCACUGAAGAUGAUCUGCACAGCAUUGUCCAAAUGGGGUUUAUCCAGAAUUCUGUUCACUUCCCAGUUCAAAAUCAAACCUCAAACAUGAAAGUUGAGCUAUGACAGCUCAUGAUUCCUGGAAGAACAAGCCCUGCUGUAUAUAACUGAGAUGGAUUUUUAAUCAAUUCUUACAACCAAUCCAAGAAUCUUUUCUUUUCUUUUUCCUUAUUUUGAGGGGUUUUUGUUAUUAUUUACAAAAUUAUGUAAUUCUUCUUUUUUUGUUUAGAGCCCUUUUUCCCUUUUCCUUUAUUUUUUUUUUCUGGUGCAAGUCUUGGUUCACAGCACCAAAAAAUUGUAAUAUAUAGGAUGUAAUUAAUGAUUAUACUAUAUUAAUUAGUUUGCGGGAGAAUGAGAAA